UCGGAAAUAUUUGCCAAGCCACAUUCGCAAAUUAUUGUGAAAGCAAAAAUUCCAAAUGGCGUGGAAAAGACCGGAUAACGUGGCUUUCCCUCAAGUCUGGUUGACUUUCGAUGCAAAAGAUCCUGACACGGGGAAAAUUGUGAAGUAUCGAGUUCAGGAUUUACCGGAAGAUCGUUUUGCAGAGGCUCUCGAACUCAUGUCAACGGUUUUUCUCCAAGAUGAGACAAUGAGCAAAUCUUUAGGUUGGUGCAUAAAAAUAUGUAAAUUAAUUGAAAGUCAUUGAAUAUCUUCUACAGACCUCUUCAAUGAAAGGGAAUUUGAUGGAAGCAAGAUUUGGGACUCUGGUUUAGCACAGAAAAUAUCGGUGGUUUGUUUCAAAGAAGAUUCGGAUGAAAUUUGUGGUCUGAAUAUGUUAGAGGUGGUAGAAAAAGACGCCAAGGAACCUGAUGACGAUAUUCCAUGUGAAAAAGUGCGGAAUCUCAUAAAGGCGUUGGAUUUUGUCAAGAACAAGGCAGAUGCGUACAACAAAUACGGAGUAGAUAAAUAUCUUUACGCAAUGGGUUUGCUGAUUGUUCCAAAGUAUCGAGGACUCGGCUUGUCCACGUACAUUCUCAAGGCUCGAAUUCCUUUGGGAAGAGCUUUGGGUCUCAAAUUAAGUGGCACAGUGUUUACAGGUGUAGCAUCUCAAGGAGCAGCUAAAAAGGCAGGAUUUGUCGAAGACUAUUCAGUACUUUAUGAAGAUUUGGCGAAGUAUGAACCAUUUGUCGAAUUUCCAAAUGUAUCGUCACCGUCUGUGAAGUUUAUGAGUUUGCGAUUAAUAGAUUAGCAAUCGAGCUUGUUCAAUAAAUUCGUUCAGUCUGUAAUCUUAUCUGGUUUCUCAGACACUGUACUAAAAAUAAAUAAUUUUUCUCAGUUGACAGUUGGUUUUUCAACGAGAUUCAUUGCUAUUUUAAUCUUGGAAAUUUCCAAUGAC